AUGUUCAGCCUCUUUUGGAGGCAGGUUUGGACUCUAACCGUCAAGAACCUGCUCAUUACCUUCGUGCGCCCUAGUGCAACUACUACCCUGAGGGCUUUGGUUUUGCCUGUCGUAUUCAUUGCCGUCAUUUCCUACGCGCGCAACUUCUUUGUUCCCCCAUCUAUCUAUGGAAUCGGCGAUCCAACGCCAGUUCGGUCUCUGAACAGCGCCUUCGGUUCUGUGGGUGGAGGGAGAGACAAAUUGGUCUUUGUCAAUAAUGGAUUCACCGAUGGUGAUAUCCAGCGGGUGAUCGACCAAGUAGCAGAGCCUGCCCGAUUAAAUGGAGACCAUGUUGUGACCUUGACUUCCGAGAGUGAUCUCAGAAAUACUUGUCGGACCACGCUCAGGGGUACAUCGUCGUGUAUAGCUGCGGCUGUCUUCUACUCGUCACCAAAUGAAGGUCCAGAUGGAAUAUGGAACUACUCGAUUCGCGCUGAUGGCUCAUUGGGUGAUCGCAUCAAUGUUAGAAAGACCACCAACGCCCAGGAGAUCUACCUUCUCCCCCUUCAGCACUCUAUCGAUCGUACGAUCAUCUCAGUUGAGAGAUCUGUAACUGACAAGAGUAUCCCUGAUGAGGUCAUGGAGUUCCCUUACACCUCACUGACACAAAAGCAACGACAAGAUCAGAUUCGGGUGCGCUAUAUGAGCGCGAUUAUUAACAUCAUCAGUAUUGCUUUGUUCAUCGGAAUGGUUGGUGUUACAUAUCAGCUCACUGGCCUGAUUGCAAUGGAACGAGAACUUGGCAUGAGCCAAUUGAUUGAUUGCAUGUUGCCCGGUUCAUCCCAAUGGAAAGCGCAAGCAGUUCGAUUUAUUGCAGCUCAUCUUGCUUUAGAUCUUAUCUACGGACCGGGCUGGAUCAUCACCGGUAUAAUCCUGAAGUAUGGCGUGUUCAGCAAAACAUCGGCUGGCAUCACCGUUGUGAAUCACCUUCUUACCGGGUUGGCACUCUCAUCAUUCUCGAUCUUUGGUGCUUCUUUCUUCAGGAAGGCACAAUUGAGCGGUAUUUCUGUGGUGAUAGCCAAUCUAUUGCUCGGAGUUGUCGCACAAGUCGCUGGCAUCAAGACUAACGGCGCAGUCGUUGUUCUAAGUCUUUUGUUUCCAUCUAUGAAUUAUGUGUUCCUUUCAGUCUUUAUGGCUAGAUGGGAAAGACAGAAUCAGCCAACAAAUCUGGUUCAUGCGGCCCCGGAAAAUCCUUGGACAAUCCCGGGCAUUGCGCUUUGGGUACUGCUGAUUGUACAGAUCUUUGCCUAUCCCAUUCUCGCUGCGCUAGUAGAGCGGAUGCUUUAUGGAACUGCUUCAUCCAAACGUGAAGCUACUGCACUUGGGAAAUCCUCCGCCCUUGUUAUUGACGGUUUCUCAAAAGAAUACAAGCCAAGCUGGUUCCAUCGACACAUUGGCAAAAGAUUCGGUUCGAAGCGACAGAAUGUUUUUGCGGUCAAAAGUCUUAGCUUAGACGUUGUCAAGGGAGAGAUCAUGGUUCUUCUGGGCGCCAAUGGCUCUGGAAAGUCUACUACACUUGAUGCUAUAUCAGGCCUCACAAAGAUCUCAUCGGGAGAAAUCAAUAUUGACUAUGGCAACAACCAAGGUGGCUUUGGACUAUGUCCUCAGAAAAACGUUCUUUGGUACAACUUGACCGUCAAGGAGCAUGUCAAUAUCUUCAAUGGCCUCAAAACAGUUCAUAAACGGGACAGUCAGGAUGUUCUGAUGAAACUUAUUGCCGACUGUGAUUUGCAAAACAAGUCCAACGCACAAUCGAGAACACUUUCUGGUGGUCAAAAACGCAAGCUUCAAUUGGCGAUGAUGUUCACGGGUGGUUCAACCGUUUGCUGUGUUGACGAGGUCUCUUCUGGUCUCGAUCCGAUCUCGCGAAGAAAGAUCUGGGACAUUUUGCUAGCUGAGAGAGGACGCAGAACGCUUUUGUUCACCACCCACUUUCUGGACGAAGCAGAGCUUCUCGCAGACCAUAUCGCAAUAUUAUCAAAGGGUUGUCUGGAAGCACAAGGAUCCACGGUCGAGCUCAAGCACCGUUUGGGAUCUGGUUACCGAGUCCAUGUUCAUCAUUCCCCUGGAUCUACUUCCACAAUCGACUUGCAUCUUGAAGGAACUCAAAAGGAGACCCAGUUUGAUGAAACGGUGUAUACUGUGCAAGACUCUGCUCUUGUGUCCAGAAUGGUUGCCCUCCUUGAAAGAGAAAAUAUCACUGAGUACCGUAUCAGUGGUCCGACAAUCGAAGAUGUUUUCCUCAAAGUCGCCCAGGAACUAUCCCAAGACUCUGAGCAACCCGAACAGAUUCAUGUGAAAGGAAAAUUGGAUUCCGAGGGUUCAACAAAGAAAACCCACGAAGACACCCCAGAACUCUUGACAGGAAAGCGUAUCGGAAUGGUGCGCCAGACAUGGUUCUUGUAUCUGAAACGUCUGACUAUUCUGCGCCGCAACUACAUUCCAUACCUUGCUGCCUUUUUUAUUCCCGUGAUUGCUGCAGGUCUCGUGACGCUGUUUCUUAAGGAUGCAACUGCGCCCAAAUGUUCUGGAGAUGGUCUUUUCACGAGCCCAGAUCCGAAAUCAUUGAGCUCAUAUAAAGACAUUGACGUAGUAGUUGGUCCACAGAGUCAAUUUUCAUCUGCUUUUAGCAGCUACAUCAAUUCAGUAUCUGGCUUAGGAAGCUCGCAAAGCAGCAACUUGUCCAGCUACUUCAAAUUUGUUGACAGUUACCCAAAUUUCACGAGAUACAUUGAAACUCACCAGGCAAAUGUCACACCCGGUGGAAUCUGGCUUGGGGAUUCAUCCUCCAAACCUACCUUCGCAUGGAAGGGCGACAACAAUAACAUCUUGCUCGCGGCACUUACGCAAAACGCUAUGAACAAUUUCUUAUCAAACACAUCGAUUAGCUUCCAAUACCAAUCAUUCGAUAUUCCAUGGCAGUCUGACGUGGGAAAAAUGCUUCAGCUGCUGGUAUACUUUGGUCUUGCCUCGGCUGUGUACCCUGCAUUGUUCGCUCUCUAUCCAACCAUGGAGCGUUUACGAAAUGUGCGCGCCUUGCACUAUAGCAACGGUGUACGGCCACUCCCGCUAUGGCUUGCAUACCUUUGCUUUGACUUCUGCGUUGUGCUCCUAGCCAGUGUUUUGGGAAUCAUCAUCUUUCGAGCCGCUUCGGAUGUAUGGUAUCACGCGGAAUAUCUCUUUGUGGUCUUCUUUCUCUAUGGUCUCUGCUCAACUAUCCUGUCAUAUUUGAUCUCCCUCGUGGCCAAGUCCCAGCUUGCAGCAUUUGCAUUUGCUGCUGGUAUGCAAUGCGUUUUCUUUCUUGUUUAUUUCAUCGGCUACAUGUCUGUUCUCACAUACGCCCCGACUUCCAAGAUUGAUUCUUACCUCUCCAUUGUGCAUUUCACCUUGUCUGUUAUCAUGCCGAUUGGGAGUCUAUCGCGGGCGAUGUUUGCUGCACUGAACAUCUUCUCGAUCUUGUGCAGGGGACAGAAGCUCGCUUCCUAUCCCGGUGAUAUCACUGUAUACGGUGGUCCUAUUUUGUAUUUGGCUGUCCAGUCUCUCAUAUUAUUUGCUCUGCUUUUAUGGUUUGACGGGGGUGGUAAUGCAGUGAUGGCUUUCAAAUCAAAAUCGAAGUCCGAAGACAUCGAAGAAAAGGAGAUGGACGAAGAUGUCGCCAACGAACUAUCCAGAGUCACAGAUUCACAAGAUGGCCUUCGUGUGUUGCACCUGACGAAAUCUUUCAAAAAGUUUGUGGCGGUCGAAGAUGUCACUUUUGGAGUCGGCAGAGGCGAAGUCUUCGCUCUCCUCGGUCCAAACGGUGCCGGAAAAACAACGACAAUCAGUCUCAUUCGAGGCGAUAUUCAGCCGUCCGGACGAGGAGGCGAUAUCUUUGUUGAAAACGUCUCCGUAAUCAAAAACCGUGCAAUCGCUCGUUCUAGCCUGGGCGUCUGCCCUCAGUUUGACGCAAUGGACCAAAUGACCGUCAUCGAGCACCUCAGGUUCUACGCUCAGAUCCGCGGCAUUUCGGAUGUCGACCACAACGUUAGACAGGUUAUCAAAGCCGUGGGACUUACUUCAUUCAAACAUCGCAUGGCAAUGAAGCUUUCUGGCGGUAACAAGCGCAAGCUCUCCCUCGGAAUAGCCCUCAUGGGCAAUCCUGCCGUGCUCCUCCUCGACGAACCAUCUUCGGGUAUGGAUGCCGCCUCAAAACGAGUCAUGUGGAAAACAUUAGCGGCCGUUGCGCCAGGCCGCUCUAUUAUUCUGACCACACAUUCCAUGGAAGAGGCAGACGCUCUCGCAAAUCGCGCUGGUAUCAUGGCAAAGCGCAUGCUCGCUCUUGGCACGACAGACUAUCUCCGCUCCAAGUAUGGAAACAUGUAUCAUGUUCACCUUGUUCACUCUCAAGCUCCUCAUACGUCUGACUAUGAUAUGGAACGCAUGCGUACUUGGGUGCAUGACACUUUCCCUGGUGCUGUUAUUGAGCAGAAAACUUAUCAUGGCCAGCUACGGUUCAGUGUACCUACGGAUAUAUCCUCUGAUAUUCCUUCACAGGAUAGAUUUGAAUCUGUUAUUGAAGAUGAGAUUCAUGUUGAUCUUGGACGCGAUGGUCAAAAGUCUCAGACCUCGACUGUGACCAAGAGAGGAAGCGGCGGUGUUGGUAAUUUGUUCUCGUGUCUAGAGGCAAACAAGGACUCAUUGGGUGUUCAGUAUUAUUCUGUCAGCCAAACUAGUCUUGAUCAGGUCUUCCUAACUAUUGUUGGCAAGCAUAAUAUUGAGGAGGAGAAUUCGGGGAGCAAAUGA